AUGGGAGCAAAAUCAAACAAAAUUUUCGAUAAUGACAAUGUUUCUCAAAUGAAAAACGCUGAAGAAAGUCAAAAAUGGAAACGUAUUCAAAAAAACAAUUUCUUGUUUUCUCAGUCAUAUUUCGUUCAUUUAGAUAUGAAUCAAAAAGAUCGAAUUAAAUUCAUCACUCUGUUAAUAUUAAGAUUAAUUGGUUUACUUGCUUUAUUAUAUUUAUUUGUUUGUUCACUUGAUUUAAUGAGUUCAGCUUUUCGACUUAUUGGAGGUAAAUUAACAGGUAAAGUUUUUGCUGAAGGAGCAAUUCUUUCAAAUCCUAUUGCUGGAUUAAUGAUUGGUUUAUNAAUGCUUUUUUAA